AAAUUCAAAGUAGACUCAAAGAGAAACGCGUAACCUUAAGGAUUAGUCUCCAACACUCGACCAAUAGAAGCCGUCGGCUGCUGGCUGAAUAAGCCGUAGUAUAUCUGUAAUAUAUAAUAUAUAUAGCAAUAAAUCGAUGUACACUCGAAACUAAUGUCAUUUAAAAUAGAAGGACUGAAUCUGUUCAAAUCUUGAUAUAGUUUUCAGUUCUCAAAUUGGAUCAGUCGAAGCAACUCGCAAGCGUAUUUUGUAUUUCUAUUUUUUUAAAUUCAAAUCUUCGUUAUGAUUGGGGUUCACGACGGACUGAAUAGCCCAAGGAAGGAGAGUGGAACGGAGGACACGUCGCCAUUUCCGAGCAAGUACCUCAUGCGGAAUACCCGUGUGCUUAGGGUCGUGAAGGCCCAGAUUAAGGAAGUGCCCAUGGAGGUUCUGGAGGCUGCUCAACAGGAGCUGGUUAACAUCGUGAACUUGGGUAAUAACCAGCUGCGAGAAAUACCCAAGGAUAUGAUUUUGCUGAACGAGCACCUCACACAGCUGAUCCUGAGCAGAAACCAGAUAUCCUUUGUGCCCACCAACAUCUCGCAGUACUCGAAGCUGGAGGUCUUAAACCUCUCCAGCAAUCUGCUGUGCGAAUUGCCCAUGGAGUUGGGUGGACUGCACUUGCUCCGUGAACUGGAUAUCUCCCACAAUCGGUUCCAUCACUUGCCAGCCUGCAUCUACGAGCUGAGCCAACUGGAAUCUUUGGUGGCCCACGACAACAACAUCAAAAGCGUUGAUGCCAGUGACUUGGGACUGGGCGGGAUGCCGGAACUACUGAUCUUGAAUCUAAACAACAAUGAUAUUAAUGUAGUGCCACCCAUCCUGGGAAAUAUGCCGAAGCUCAAAAGCCUCGAACUAUGGGGCAAUCCCUUCCGCCAGCCGCGCCACCAGAUCCUAUCCAUGGGAACUCCCGCGGUACUUAGCUACCUGCGAACUCGCAUUCCCAUAUAAACUGUCAACGUAAAUUGUCAAAGUAUUGCCAAAUAAAUGGAGUAUAGUUCUGAA